AUACUAUAUGAGCAUUAGAUUCCAAAACUCCUAAGAUAUAUAUAUUUUUCACACUUUUAUUUCAUUGGAAAUUUGUAGGUAAUUGUUAGAGGAGAGAGUCUCACACAAUUUUUCACACACAUGCAAAUUGAAUUUGCAUUUAGGUUUUCUUCACUCUGUUAAUUUCUUCACAAAUUUUCUUCUUUUAAUCCAUUUAUACGCAAUCACAACGUGGAAGUAACAGAAACUCUCUUUUGCUGCAUUUGGAUUAGAUAAUUUAUUUAUUCAAUAAUCUUUGAUUGAAUGGAACAGUUGAAAGUGGAUGCAAAAGAGGAUAGUCCUCUUCGGCACAAGCCAAAAAAUAACAAUGCGGUCGAGUCUUCUGGCAGUCUGAGAAGUAAAAAGAUAUCAGCUAGAUGGGAUCCAACUGAAGCAUGUCGGCCAAUAAUGGACGAAGCACCUGUGUUUCAUCCGACUAUUGAAGAGUUUGAAGAUACACUGAGUUAUAUAGCAAAGAUACGUCCACUAGCUGAACCUUAUGGCAUAUGUAGGAUUGUCCCUCCAGCUUGUUGGGUUCCACCUUGCCUUCUUAAGGAGAAAGAUAUAUGGGAAAAUGCCGAAUUUUCCACCCGUAUUCAGCAAAUUGAUUUGCUUCAAAAUAGAGAACCUAUGAAGAAAAAAAGUAGGGGAAGGAAACGGAAACGUAGAAAUAGAAAGAACUCCAAAACAGGAACAUGUAGGAGAGUUUCCAAUUCAGCUUCUGAAGCUAAAAAUGCUUCUGAAGCUGACGAGAAAUAUGGAUUCCAAUCAGGGUCGGACUUCACGUUUAAAGACUUUCAGCAAUUUGCUAAAUACUUUAAGGAAUGCUACUUUGGGUUGAAAGAUGUCAAUGAAGAUGGAAAAGUCGGUGAUAGUAACCAGGAAAAGAGACGAAUGCCCUCCGAGGAUGAAAUUGAAGGUGAAUACUGGCGAAUAGUUGAACAACCAACUGAUGAAGUCGAGGUGUAUUACGGAGCUGAUUUAGAAACUGGAGUAUUUGGAAGUGGUUUUCCUAAGGCAUCAUCAUCCUUAACUAAGGGUUAUCCGGACCAGUAUGCCCUUUCUGGUUGGAAUCUAAAUAACUUCCCGCGACUACCAGGUUCUGUACUAAGUUUUGAAGGAAGUGAUAUCUCCGGAGUACUAGUUCCAUGGCUGUAUGUUGGCAUGUGCUUUUCAUCAUUUUGCUGGCAUGUUGAGGAUCAUCACCUCUAUUCGCUUAAUUAUCUACACUUUGGUGACCCAAAGAUAUGGUAUGGAGUACCUGGAAGCCAUGCUUCUGCUUUUGAAGACGCGAUGAAGAAACACUUGCCUGAUUUGUUCGAGGAAGUACCAAAUCUACUCAAUGAUCUGGUUACUCAGUUAUCUCCGUCAAUUCUUAAAUCUGAGGGAGUUCCCGUAUAUCGUACUGUUCAGCAUUCUGGUGAAUUUGUCAUUACCUUUCCGAGGGGGUACCACUCUGGGUUCAAUUGUGGGUUCAACUGUGCAGAAGCAGUAAAUGUGGCUCCUGUUGAUUGGUUAAUGCACGGCCUGAAUGCCGUUGAACUUUACAGUUUACAACGCCGUAAGACAUCAUUGUCACAUGACAAGCUUUUAUUUGGAUCAUCACUGGAAGCUAUACGAGCCCUUACAGAAUUAGAUCUUCAUGGAAAGGAAACUCCUAAAAAUUUGAAAUGGAAAAGCGUCUGUGGGAAGGAUGGAGUUCUUACUAAGGCAUUUAAGGCAAGGAUAAAGAUGGAAGAAGAGAGGCUGGACUGUCUUCCAACUCAUUUUAAGAGUCUGAAUAUGGGCAAUGAUUUUGAUGUGCAUACCGAAAGAGAAUGUUUCUCUUGCUUCUAUGACUUGUACCUAUCUGCCGUAGGUUGUGAGUGCUCUCCUGAUAGAUAUUCUUGUCUUAAGCAUGCUAGUUCGUUCUGCUCGUGUGAAAUGGACAAAAGAUUUGUUCUUCUUCGGUAUAAUAUGAACGAGCUAAACAAAUUGCAUGAAGCACUUGAAGGAGAUUCUCUUGCUCUUGAAUUAUGGGAAAAUAAAAACUUCGGAAUGGUUUCUGCUGUGGCCAAUGAGGUUUGCUUAGAUAAACCGGAGGUAGAAAUAAAUAAGGGUCUUGACGAAACUGGUUGCGAAGGAACCAAGGAUAGUUCAAAUAUAAAUGCACCUAGUAAUGUUACUUCAGAGAUAAUGCAGUCUGAAUCUCACCUUGUAACUCUUAGUGCACCAAAUGGAAGUACAGAUAGUGAUAAUGACAAUACGAUAGUCGUAGACAAAGAUAAGGUGGAUCAGGCAGGUUCUUUGGAUUUGAAUCUUGAUGUUAUAUCUGCCGAAAAUGAAAAGUAUUUGCUGCGUAUUGCGGAUAACCAUAACAAGGGUGAUUCAGUGGACGAGAAAGUAUGUUGUUCGGAGAACAAAAAGGAACAAGACAACAUGGAACUUGAUGGUGUGGGUGACCUAUUACAUUCAUCUGUUGUGAAGACGGAAGUUUCUUCAUGCUCCAGGGAUGUUAACAAUUCUAGUAUAUCUGACUGUGGAAAAUAUGAGGUGGAUCUGCAAAUGGAUUCAGAUUCAAGAAAGAAACCCAAAAUUGUAUUCGAAAAAGAAGUCAUAAACACCACAAGUGCGAGUAUAUCUUCGACACAGGAAAGCUUUCUAAUGCAAAUUUUUAGUACUUCUGUCAAGCCAAUUAGUUUGGGAUCUGUUGUUCAUGGAAAGCUAUGGUGUAGUAAGCAUGCAAUAUAUCCAAAAGGAUUCAAGAGUCGAGUUAAUUUCUUUAGUAUCCUCAAUCCAACAAGAAUCUGUAGCUAUGUUUCUGAAGUUAUUGAUGCUGGACUUCUUGGACCUCUUUUCAAGGUUACAAUGGAAGAAUGUCCAAGUGACGCAUUCACUGACACAUCAGCUGAUAAGUGUUGGGAAUCAGUUCUUAAGAGACUACAUAAUGAAAUCACGGAGCGAAGGAAUCGAGGUGAACUUGAACUUCUUCCAUCCUUAGAGCUUCUGAAAAGCGUUAACGGAUUUAGAAUGUUUGGCUUCCUUUUGCCGUCCAUUAUUCAGGCCAUCGAAGCUCAAGAUCCAAGUCAUCAGUGUUCAGAAUAUUGGAAUCACAAAGCUUUCCCUACAUCUCCAGGCAGUGUCAUCGAUAACUGCAAUUGUUCAAGUAGCCCUUUAGAUAAUAAUGUCAAUACCAAAGUUUUUGGUAUCCAUUUGAUUGAUCAGGCAAAGGACAACAUAGGCGGAAGUUGUCGUUCUCUUGAAGAGAUGAAAUCAAUACUACAAAAGGCAAGUCCUGAUGAGUUAAGUUCAUUGCGCAAGUUACUCGAUUCUGACACACAAUGCUCCGAGUGGAGAAUGGCAUUGACAUCACUGAUGGAUGAGAUUCAGAAAGCUUUGUAGCUAUACUAAGAAUAAGAUAUCAAUUCUUUCUGACUUUGGAUAGUCAUAUUUCAAUUUAGUCACAAGUUAGGUUCAUUCUUUUAGCGAUAAAUUGAACUGAAGAAGUUUCUGGGUGAAGCCUAGAUAAAAUUUUGGUACUUGCCCUCAAUCAUCAUUGACCUAAUUACAGAUGCAUUUUGCCAUUGCCCCUUUUAAAUUUUCCUUUUGGAUUUGCCUUUUAAGGUCAAGCCUUUAGCUUUUGUUGGAUUUAGGUUUUACAUUUUAUUUAUUUUCUGUCUAAAUUCUGUAUAUAAACAGAUAAACAAAUGCAGCUGUUACAAUAAAUGAUAAAGUGUCAGGAAAAUAAUACACCGCGAAUGCACACUCUCCUGCGCAGAAUUUUGAUCA